AUGCCGGCAGCAAUUGCGCCUCUCGCUACCAAAGCGGGCAUACCCACCACAUCGACGUCACACCCCGAUAAUCCUAUACCCGAAGAACCUCGCAACAUCCCUCAUGUAUCAACUGGACAAAUCAUUCCAAAUAUAAUUCAAGACUCUCACUCGACUGCCUCGAAUCAGUCAAUUUCCGCGCCGUCGGAAAGCGACUCGGAUACCGCCGAAACUCCUACCACGGAACAUUCCGACGACGGGAAUGGCCAAUUCGAUGGUGUCGCUCUAAAGAAACCAAAAGCGACAAGAGCGCGCCGUGCGUCGACGGCGCUUAUAUCAGAGAGUUCCGAGGAUGUGCAGAGGAUACUUGGCAACAUCGGCGCCGGAGGAACACAGUUGGUUGAAAAAGUCUGCUGCGGUGGUGGAUGUUGUCUGUCGCAGCCAUUAUCACGAGCUGAAAGAGUUGUCUUGAAUCCAAUCAAGACGCCAGAUAACCCGGCGUAUCGCAGCUUGAAUUUGAAGAUUCGCACUCUUGCGCUAGAUAGCGAAUUGACUAACAUCGUUCCCCUGCCGGAAAAGACGGUCUCUUUUGGCCCUCUUUCGUCGGAUCUGGUGGAUGUCCAAUUAGGACCGAAGGAUCAUCCUCCCAAAUUUGUUCAGCCUCAUCCUCCGUACGAUGUUUUCCGUGCGCCGUUGCAUCAUGCGCGAGAACUUACAAAGGCUGGCGCAGAAAAGCGCACGUAUCACUUUGAUAUUGACGUGACCGAUUACCCGGUUGAAGGCGGAGAUGUUGAUUUUGUUGUUGGAGGUGCGAUUGGAGUUUGUCCGAUGAACAGCGACGAUGCAGUGGACAGCGUAUUGAAUUGUCUCGGAAUUCCUAAGCCUAUUCGCGACAAGAAAAUCAUGGUGCGCACUACUACCGGGCGCUGGCCGACCAUCUGGGGCGAUGAGAAAGCCCGAGAGUUGGUCACUACACGUCGGGAGUUGCUCAAAUGGUGUUCUGACAUCCAAAGCUAUCCUCCCACCAAGCAGCUACUCCGCGUCUUGGCUGAAUAUGCGUCUGAUCCUCAUGAGAAGAAGAUCCUUACUUUCCUGUGCUCUGCUCAAGGUCAGAGUGUUUUCUGCGACCUCCGAACUGGAGUCCAUAUUUCCAUCGAGCAACUUUUACAAGCUUUCCCUUCGAGUCUUCCACCUCUCGACUACCUUCUUUCCGUCCUCGGGACGCUCAUGCCACGCUUCUACUCACUUUCUCAAGACCCGACAAUUUCGUGCACCACUCGCGGUGGAGACUGCCGACGCAUCGUCGAAAUUGCCGUCACUGUCCACGAAAGCAACGAUUGGAAGCGCGGAACAAGAAGCGGCGUUGGUUCCGGAUUCCUGCAAAGUCUAGCCGAUCAAGUCAUCGCCGCCGAACAACAGGGCAUCGACCCCAAAACCCUCGACCUGCACGUCCCCAUGUUCCGCGGUCUCAUGGCCAACCCUCUCGCUCGCGAAUUCGUUCUAGACGGACCCAUGCUCUUAAUAGGUGCCGGCGUCGGCAUCGCCCCAUUCCGUGGCUUUGUGCAACGACGCCUCAAAUCCGCCAACUGCGCCAAUAAAGUCUGGGUUCUUCAGGGCGUCCGCGACUCAUUACUCGACGAGCUGUACAGCGGCGAAUGGGGCGUCCACGAAGAACAAGUGAAAAAGGUUGUCCAGAGCCGUAAGGGUGAAAGCCGUUAUGUGCAGGAAGAAGUUCGCCAUCAAGCUGAUUUGGUCUGGUUUGUGAUCAAUGCCCUUGAUGGACGCGUUUUUGUCUGCGGUAGUAGCAAAGGGAUGGGUGAGGGUGUGGAGGAGGCGCUGAUUGAGGUUGCUAUGGCCAAGGGUAAUCUGAACAGGGAGGAAGCGAAGGAGUUUUGGGGCCGGAAGAAGGAUGCUGGUCAAUAUAUCGCGGAAACGUGGUAA